AUGAGUCAACCUCUCAGAGCUUUGGUGUCCUCAUCUCCUCCCUUAUUCCUCUAUGAUUUUUCUAAUCCUUUGGAGACUGAGCUUAUGAUCUCCCUGAAGAUACACCGAUGUCUCAAGGUCAAAUCAGGACCUCUGAUCUAUGAUUGUUUUAUGAAAUCAUUAUCUCAGAAUGAAUUCCAGUAUUCUCUGGGCAAGAAUACUGGAGCGGUUUUUUUUUUACCAACUGAGCCACAAGGGAAGCCCAAGAAUGCUGGAGCGGGUAGCCUGUCCCUUCUCCAGGGGAUCUUCCCAACCCAGGAAUCGAACCAGGGUCUCCUGCAUUGUGGGCGGAUUCUUCAUCAACUGAGCCACAAGGGAAGCCCAGGAAUGCUGGAGCGGGCAGCCUGUCCCUUCUCCAGGGGAUCUUCCCAACCCAGGAAUCGAACCAGGGUCUCCUGCAUUGUGGGCGGAUUCUUCAUCAACUGA